AUGGCAUCGUCAUCUACAAGAUCCACUCGAACAAGUGGUCGAGCUCAUUAUAAACUGACAAAAACUAUAACUGGACCAGAUGGAAAGACGAGAGUUGAAACCGUUGAAUUAAAAGAUGAUGACGCGGUCAAAUUUAUGAGAGAACUUCGAUUAGAAAAAGAAGAUGUACCCGAUUUGGAUAGAUUUGGCUAUCGACCGUUAGAAAAUACGCUCACAUUUGAUUUGAAUGCCGAUGUAAGUAGACAUGAUAUAAUUUAG